GAACAGCUUAAUGUUAUUGCUGAGCAAAUUUUGUACACAACGUGUUUGUUACUUCAUAAUCUCAUAAACGAUACUAUAACUCAAUAUAACUUUAUAACUCAUACUAUAACGAUAGGUUAUUCCCUUAGCCUUAGGCCUUCAACAACACGUCGUGGUUUUUGUAUAAUUUUAGUGAAACAAAGUGGCGGACAUAACCUGUUGUUUAAAUUCUGUGGUUACGUUUGCCUUGUCUUAUGUGUAAGUCAUAAAUGUAUUCGCAACCGGAAUAUGUCUCGGCAUCGGCAAUAACAACAACGGGUAUUCCUGCAUUUCUGACGAAAUUGUGGAGUUUAGUUUCUGACCCAGGAACAGAUAAUCUAAUACGAUGGGACAAGAGUGGAUUCAGCUUCCACGUACUCAACCAGGCCAGGUUUGCAAAGGAGAUUUUACCCCAGUACUACAAGCACAACAACAUGGCCAGCUUUAUACGCCAGCUCAACAUGUAUGGUUUCCGUAAGGUUGUUCACGUUGAGCAGGGAGCAUUGAAAUCUGAACGAGAUGACUUGGAAUUUCAACAUCAAUAUUUUGUGCAAGGGGAAGACUCUCUGGCUCUUCUACAAUUUAUUAAGCGCAAAGCGACUCCAUCAAGUAAACUUAGUGGAGAAGGAACUAGAGUCAAAACAGCAGAUGUUGCACCUCUACUAAACAGCGUUAAACUGAUGCAAGGGAAGCAGGAGAUGAUGGAUGUGAAGUUAUUGUCGUUAAAAAAGGAGAAUGACUCGUUGUGGCGAGAAGUAGCCAUACUCCGACAGAAACACUCAAAGCAACAACAAGUUGUCAACAAGCUGAUCCAGUUCUUAGUUUCGCUGGUGCAUUCGGGAGGAAGAGGUAUCAAUGUGAAAAGGAACGCCACACUUGCGAUUGAGGAGGAUAGCUGCCAAAAACCGAAAUACGCACGGAAGCAAUACACGGAUCAAGGAUUAAAAAUUGAGGAACUUUUCCAAGAUGCAUUCACAGAGGAUCUAAGUACUGUUGUUGUUGGGGACCCUGAGCAGAAGAGUAAUACUCCACCUGCUACACUUGUCAAAGCGUCUGCUGAUGGCAAUGAAAAUGAAGGCAGCACUGUGGACAUGGAGGCGAUCCUUGAAUCGAAUGCGCCUGGCAUCAUAGUCGAUGCGGCUUCUCCAGGGUUGGACGACGUUAUGUUGGAUGUAGGAUUCGAAGUCCUGCCUGCUGACGUGCCUGCUGAUUUACACCAUAUAAUUGCACCCCCUACAGCAGCUAAAGGCACACCGUCGUCAUCUGGUAUUGUAGAUGAGCAGGGGCCAAUCAUAACUCAACCACAGACGCCGAUGACGACCAUUUGUCGAACAGCAGAUGCGGGCGAUGGCUGUGCAAGCCAGAGCAGCAACGACUUCAUAUCAGAACAAGCAGAGAAGUCCUCGCUGGCUGUUCACGGGUCGGAGAUUAGCGAGCACGUAGACCAGCAGCAGCAUGACUUAGACUCGUUAUGUGAACUGCUAACGAACGGCACAUACAGCUUGGAUGCGGGAGCUUUGUUCGGG